AUGUCGUCUCACAACACGAACACGACGAAGAAAGACGCGGCGGCCAUCAUCGCGGGGGCGUCCCGGCACAAAGCGCCCGCGGCCAACGCCAACAACUACAGCCAGCACCCGGCGCGCCAGCUGUGGUGCGACACGCAGUGGGCGAACCUCAGCAUGCAGGCCAAGAAGCUCGAGCUGCCGGAGCUGCCGUACUUCGACCCGGAGACCAUGCUGCUCAGCAAGGAGGUCAACGAUAAGCUGUGGACGCAACUGAAACGCCUGUUUGACUAUCUCGGCCCGGAAAAGGCGCCGUUCGCAACGCCCGUCAUGGGCGAGCGCGGCGUCGUCAAGUGGCAUAGUUUCCUCAACAAUGACCGCGGCGAUGAGGCCGAGGUCUACGAUUCCGUCGUCGAUGCCUUCAUGAGUAAUGCCAAGAAGCGCGGUGAAUACUUGAAGGACAAGUGA